AUGGAAUACUACAUGGAUGAAAAAUGGAAAGUGUCGAAAGACGACAAAAACAAGAUGUCGAGGUCGAAGUCUUCUUCGUCGGGAAAGAACCAUUCGAAUAGUUAUCUCCCGAGAAGCUUCUCGCAGAAAAGCGCUAGCUCCUCCGGCAGCCGGCCAGCGGCUGCCGGAGGAGGCCUUCCCCGGAGCUCCUCUCAGAGGUGCUCCGAGUUCACGCGCAAGUGCAAGGAGCAAAAGGCCAAAUUCUACAUCGUCAAGCGGUGCAUUUCGAUGCUCGUCGGAUGGAAAAAACACGGGGGAUCGGAUUCUUGA